CCGGGCGGGGUUGGCCGGGCUCUGUCCGCGCGGCGUGACCCUCUCCCGGCCGGCGUCGGCUCGUCCCGCCGGCGGCGGCCGGCGCCCGUUCAGUCGCGCACCGUUGGGCCGGCUCCGCGUAGUCUCCCGAUGCUGUCGCUGCUGCGAUGUCGGGCCGCGUGUGGCGGCGGCCCAUGCCUGCUGCCGCUUUUACUGCUCCUCCUGCUCGCGGUUUUCCCACAAGUCGCGACGCUUUCUUUUCGGGGAAGCAGCCGGCGUCCCGUUCGAGACGAGCUGCCCGCGGAGAACUCGGCCGUCGUGCACCCGCAGCGGGUGACCGCGGCCGGCCGCUUCCUGAGCCACGCGGUUCACCACGCCGCCAACGCGCAGCACGCCGCCGCCCGCCGCCGGCGCAGGUCCCCGGAGCUGGGAGUCGACCCCAGCAUCCACGUGCGGCUGCCGCUGCCGGGCGCCGAGCCGCCGCUGCUGCUCCGCCUCGAGCCCAACGGCCGCCUGCUGGCGCCCGGCUUCGUGCUGGAACGCCGGAUCGGCUACGGAUUGUCUCCGGGCUACGGCGUGCGCAACCUGACCCGGAUAUCCAAUCCGGGCUGCUUCUACACGGGUUCCCUGCGCGGUGGGAACGGAAGCCUGGCGCUGUCCACUUGCAAUGGCCUGGCCGGCUUCGUGCGCACUGAGCGCGAUGACUACCUCGUGGAGCCGCUAGAACCGCCGCGGGGUCACGACCCUCAGCCUCAUCUGGUCUACAAACGAUCCGCCACCUCGGGCGGUGAUUUUCCCGAAGAGUGGCUCUCGCGCGCUCAGGAUGUCGACCGACAGGAGGCCUCGUCGUUCUGCGCUACCAAAGGAGCUGCGUCCCCCGCCCACCACCACCACCACGGAGGGUCCCGUGCUGGGCCCCGGGAGCACCAGCGUCGGCGCCGCCGUCGUCGCUCGGUGAGCCUGGAGCGUAACGUGGAGACGCUGCUGGUGGCCGACCGCACCAUGGUGGAGUACUACUCCAACGAGGACCUCCAGACGUACCUGCUCACCGUGCUCAACAUGGUGUCCACGUUGUUUCAUGACGCAAGCAUAGGAAACGCCAUCAACGUGGUCCUGGUGCGCAUGAUUCUGCUUGAGCCAGAAGCUGCUCAGGAGGAGCCGCUGCCGUCGUCCGAGGAGCUGGACCAGCUGCGCGUGGACGAGUCGGCGGACGGGACGCUGAAGAGCUUCUGCCGCUGGCAGCGGUUCGUCAACCCGUCAGACGAGAGCCACCCGAACCACCACGACCUGGCUAUCCUCGUCACCAGGUUCAACAUGUGCGCGCCGGGGCUGGAGCUGUGCUCGACGUUAGGCCUGGCCGAGGUGGCCGGCAUGUGCCAACCGCAGCGUAGCUGCAACGUCAACCAGGACUCCGGGCUCACGCUCGCCUACACCAUCGCGCACGAGAUCGGCCACAACUUCGGCAUGAGCCACGACGGCCCGCACAACGGCUGCCAGGCGCCGGCGGGACUCCGGCAGCACGUGAUGGCGCCCCACCUCAGCUCGGACCCGUCGCCGUUAGUGUGGUCCAAUUGCAGCCGAGAAGAGAUCACGCGCUUUCUCGACCGAGACUGGGGCAGCUGCCUGGACGAUGAGCCGCGGGCGCACCAGUUCACGUUUCCGCUGCUGCCACCGGGUGCCAUGUACGACGCCGACCACCAGUGCCGGCUGCAGUACGGACCCGCUGCCCAGCACUGCGACGGCAUCGAGGAAGUGUGCCGGACGCUGUGGUGCCGCCUGGACAACAAGUGCGUCACCAAGAUGGAGCCAGCCGCGCAGGGAACCGUCUGCGACAAGAACAAGUGGUGCUACCUGGGCGAGUGCACCGAGAUGGGCGAGCGUCCGGAGGCCAUCGACGGUCACUGGGGUCCCUGGUCCAACUGGUCCGAGUGCUCGCGCAGCUGUGGAGGCGGCGUCAUGGUCUCCGAAAGGCACUGCGACCACCCGAGGCCGGCCUAUGGUGGACGCUACUGUAUCGGAGAGAGGAAACGCUACAGAAUGUGCAACACUCAGAGCUGUGCUGAGGACGCGCCAAGCUUUCGCGCCGUGCAAUGCAGCCACUUCAACAACGUCUCAUACCAAGGCGAGCUUUUCAACUGGUCUCCCGUGUCGGCCCCGGCUACCCCGUGUCAGCUGCACUGCAAGCCAGACGGCAAGUUCUUCUCGCGUGUGCUCAAGGAGUCGGUGACCGACGGCACGCCGUGCAGUCCCGGAUCGCGGGAUGUUUGCAUCAACGGGAAGUGCAGGCGCGUCUCCUGUGAUUGGGGCAUCGAGACGAGCGCCAGAGAGGACCGUUGCGGCAUCUGCCACGGCGACGGAACGCGCUGCAUUACCGUCCACAAGGAAUUCAACCAGAAGGAAGGCAUCGGCUACACGGAGGUGGGGCGCGUCCCCAAGGGCGCUCGCAACAUCCGCGUCGAGGAGCUGGGCGCGUCGGGCAACUACCUGGCCGUCCAGGGAGCGACCGACGGCGAGUUCUUCCUCAACGGCGACUGGCUGGUCCAGUGGAGCGGCGAGUACGCGGCCGCCGGCACCACGCUCUUCUACCAGCGACAGGGCGAGCGGGACACGCUGCACGCGCCGGGACCCACCAAGCAGGAGCUGGUGCUCUACCUGCUGUUCCAGUCGGAGAACCCCGGGCUCAAGUACGAGUACACCGUGCCCGAGCUGAACGCGAGCCGUCGGCCCGAGUUCCACUGGCGCUGGUCGGACUGGAGUCCGUGCACGGUGACGUGCGGCGGCGGCUCGCAGGAGUCGCAGCCCCGCUGCUUCGAGAAGGAGGCCGGCCUCGUCGAGGACACCCACUGCGAGCCGGCGUCGAGGCCGGCCACGCGCCGGAGACCCUGUUCGCGGCAGCCGUGUCCGGCGCGCUGGUGGACCGGGCCCUGGCAGCCCUGCUCGGCCACCUGUGGCGGAGUGCGACGCCACACCGUGCUGUGCGUGCGCUCGCGCGGCAAGGCCGACCAGCUGGCGCUGCGCCAGGAGGCCUGCGACCCGACCACCAGGCCCAACGACACCGAGCCGUGCCCCGACGACCCGCGAUGCCCCGGUGCGGUCGCGGUGCGCAACGGAACAGCCGGGACGGCGCUGCCGGAGGUGUGCGGACCGGACAGGCCUGACCUCUGCGCGACGACGGAGCCGGACGUUGUGAUGACCGCCUCCGCACCUUGCAGCAACGACGCUAGCAACGACACCGGCUGCGAUUCGAGACCCAGGGACGUUCCUCCGCGGCCCACCGCGAGCGUGGUAGACAUCCAGUCCAACACCGUGCUCGACAUACCUCUGGGCGACGCGCCUGGCGAUUUCUGGAACCUGUCCGGCAUAUCGGGCCUGCCCCAGAUCUUGGACCUUCCGGUGCCACGCAAGGUGGUGGUCCUAGAGGACGCUCGGUACGCCUGGCGGGCCUCCAAGUGGUCUAAGGUGAGCCCGCCGCCUGCGCAUAUACAUCUGAAAAUUUCCUCAGCUUAAGAAGGAGCACCGAAC